UUUCUAAUGGUAAGACCGCCUCCAUUCCAUACACUAUUGAGUACGGGGUUGCCCCGGUUGAAGUUCUUACUGACGUACGAUAAGCAUGGAGAGCGAAUGGGAGCAUUUCAUGCCAGUCCCUGUAUGUAAUUGCUAUUUCUAAAAGAAUAUUCUUGUUCUUGAUCUUUUUCUUUUCUGCCUCAACUGCCCCAUUCAUUUGUUGUGGCCUGUAAGGUGCAGAAUUAGGAUGCCGGAUCUUCAGCUGCCUGCAAAGAUAUCCUUGCACUGUUCAAAUUUUGAGCAUUAGCAUUAUCCGUGAUGAUCCUUUCUGGCAGGCCAUAACGGCAAAUCCUUUCCUUAUUCAAGAACUUCUGCAUCACCUUCUUAGUAAGACUUGAGUAAGAGACCGCUUCCACCCAUUUCGUUAAAUAAGAAAUUGCAAAAAUAAGAAAACGAUGCCCAUUGGAGGGGGAGAUAGGGCCAUCCAUUCCCCACAUAGAGAAGGGCCAUGGGGCAACCCUAUUUUGCAAGGGACAAGGGAGCUGUAGGAGCAUUGAUCUUAUCCGCAUUCAUUUGGCACUUGUGGGCAUUUCCUGCAUCUGAGGAGUGUUCCAUCAUGACUUCGUUUAGAUAGGAUUUAUCCACUACGGAAGAACCCCAUGGAUAGCCUCCGAAUUGUUCUCCUUUUCUGUUGCCCCUGGAGGAUAUUCCCGAGUCUUGAUAUACUGCAACAUGUCAUGGUACCACGGUCUCCCAUCAGGCUCCUCUUCUAUAUUUAAGCAAUAAGCUGGGCUAUCUCUUGCUUCAAUUUGCAGCGGUUGCAAGUCAACCCCACAUCUUAGUCAUUGAGGCUAAAGUGGGCAGAGCAUCUGCAAACUUCUUCUUCUCACGACUGAGAUGAAAGAAAGUGACUUCUUCAAACUUCUCCAAUAGCUGGGAGAGAGAUUUCUGAUAAGGGAUCAGACCACUCCUGGUGUUCGAACUAGUCAUUAAUGGUCGGCUUAAUUCGUAUCCUUUCGGUAUGUGUUGUGAACACUUUCAUUUUUAGCCUCUCAUCUUCUCUAGAGAAGCAAAACUCUAACGGAUAGAACAGAUGGUCCAACUACAUAACUUUUUCUUUUUAAUUACUUCCAUGGUCGUGCCUCGUGGCACGGCAGCACCCGUACUAUUGAAAUGGUUCGUCAGUAGAGAUGUUCCCACAGGUGCCCCUUUUUCCAAUGGUACUAUAAUUCCUAUUCCUAUCCCUUCAUUCGCUCUUUUGGUCUAUCUACAUUCAAGGAAAUUCAUACGCUCCACAGACAGAGCAAAAAGUAGAGUCUUGGUCAGAGCAAGCCGUCCUAUUCUAUUACCAGACAUAAUUGGGAGAAGCUCAUCCGAAACUAGAGCUAGAAACGCCCUAUUUCGUUUCGUUCCCGUUCUUCAUUUCCUUCUUCUCGAAUCCAAGGGGGACUUAUCAUAUUUAGAAUCUUUCUGCGGUGUGCUCCGUUUACUAUUCUUUCGUACUUUCUUCUUUUUACCACGCGAUAGGUCAGCGAAGCGUGAGCGGGCGCGGAGAAGGAAAGGCCAAACACUUCGGCCUAACGGGAAUGAGCAACGACGAAAUGAGAAGAUGAGGUGCCCCGGGCACCCCCAUUUAGAAAGAAGGGUCGAAGCUUUUCGGCCUGUAGCUUUCCCCGUCCCCCCUUCGUCGGGCGGUGCUUGUGUGGGGGAUGCGCCACCAGAAAUCGGGCUUGAA